CUGUGAUUGGUGGAGGGGUCAGGCGAGCCAGGAUUUAUCGCUGUAGUUCCACUGAGAAGAAGAAAGUACGAUAAUAUACCAGUCUAAUAGUUCGCUGCUUGAUAGUGUCCGAAUAUUAUUCAGACGCAGCUGAGCAGCCAGGUGAAGCUGCCGUUUGAGAGCACUCGGAGCAGAGGAGCUGCUGCUCUCUGGAGGAGACUGAAGAGACUGAAGAAGGAGUAGAUCUGUAAAGCUACAUAGCAUCCACAUGGCUGAACCUAAUUUUCCACCGCUGCCUGGAUUCAUUCCUCUAAAGCCAUGCUUCUAUCAAGACUUCGAAGAGAUUCCUGAACAGCACCGCAGCAUGUGCAAGAAAAUGUACCAUCUGUGGAUGUUGAACAGUUGUACACUUGCUGUGAAUCUCAUUGGCUGCUUUGCUUGGAUGUUUGGUGGCGGUGGAGUGACCAACUUUGGACUGGCCAUCAUCUGGCUGCUCAUGUUCACUCCCUGCUCUUAUGUCUGCUGGUUCAGACCCAUCUACAAAGCUUUCAAGAGUGACAGCUCCUUCAACUUCAUGCUAUUCUUCUUUGUUUUCAUGGCCCAAGUUGGCAUCAGCAUCAUCCAGAGCAUAGGCAUCCCAGGAUGGGGAGUAUGUGGUUGGUUGGCCACCAUCUCUUUCUUCAGCUAUAAUAUUUUGAUUGCGCUCAUCAUGCUGGUCCCUACUAUCAUGUUCACUGCUGUGGCCUCGCUCUCCUUCAUUGCUCUCACCAGGAUCCAUAACUUUUACCGUGGCAGUGGGGCUAGCAUGACCAAAGCUCAGGAGGAGUGGACCACAGGAGCCUGGAAGAACCCUCACGUCCAGGCGGCAGCGCAGCAGGCGGCCAUGGGGGCAGCAGCUGGAGCCAUGCAGGACCAGUACUCCAGCCCACAAUACAACGAAAACCAGAUGUAACAAAACGAGAGAUAUGAAACAAAUGACGUCAGUAAUGCCAAAGCUAAAGAGGUUUAACCAGCGGGUGGCAGAUACUAACCAUCUCCCAUGAUGGUUAAGAUAAACUAAGCUAAAAAUGUUUCUGAGACAAAACAACACUUUUUUUUUUUACACUAUGCAAACAAAUAGCUCUAUAGAUCUGUAGGAAGCAUGAGUUUGCCUUCCUCGAUUAAACAGCAUUAUUAUUUAUACAUCAUUUUGAAAUGAAAUUAGCUUUGAAUAAGUGUUAUUGUAGUGGCUCCAUUGUGAGAGCUGUGUGCUAAUGUAUUCUAGUCAUUUUUACUAAAGGAAGAACAUCUUUAUAUUCUUCAUAUAAAAUAAACGUUGAUUGUAAUGACAGUUUAAAAAAAUUAGCAAUAACUUAUUAUUUUACCACCAUGCUGUUGUGAUGAUAAACUCUAGUUUUUCUAGCAUUUUAAACUCAAAGAUGUACCAAAGAUCCCAUGUGAUUUUUCAAACCUCAUUUGAAAUGAUGCUACUUUUUAUGACCUCAGAGAAAUUUCCUCACAUUUCUAUGCAGUUUGUCACUGAUUGCACUGUGAAAUGAAAUAAUGUUGCAAUGUCGAAGGGCGCUGCAUCUGUGUUACAGUAAGAAACGGUAUUAUUGCAAAUUUUCCUGUGGAUUUAAAUAGUAAGUGAAAAUCUCAAGUUUGAACUUACCCGGAGCUGCCUCUUUGAUGCUCUUGAUGCUUCCUGUUGACUUGUCUACCUUACACUGAAAACAUCAGAUUUACAUCACGGGUUUAAAUCAGUGUUAAUGCUUCCAGUAAUUCAGAAAAAGAAGACAAGCAAGUCAGAUAGCUCACCAGUGUUCUGUAGCCAGCCUCAGGUUGUCUAGCAAGGUGAAUGUUUUGUAAUAAAUGUGUAUUUAGCAUGUGCUCUUUUCUAAAAUGUAUGUAAAUGUUACAUUUAGAAGAGAACUGGCCUCUUGCUGUUUGGCUGUUUGACCACAGAGAGGCGCUGAUGGUUUUAGAAUAAAAUAAAAAGCUCCAAACAUG